GUGUGCCGAGAGACGAAGCGGGGCCGAGGAAAAGGCAGGGACCGGCGAGGGGGGAAGAGAGCGACACCCGUAGCUCCGCUUUACCGCCGCAUUCUCGAGCGUUCGUCUCCUCGUACGGCAACCAGGCGAGCGAGAGCACGUCGUCGUGUCGCGCGCAUACCAUUAUUUCGUGUCUCGUGUUCAACCUAGAAUACGGUUUCUAUUGUAUACAUAUCGUACGUUCGCGCAUCGGUGCUAAUGGCGGUUAGUCGUUAGUCGGCUUUCGAUUUACCACGAGAGUAAGUCGGUGGUAAAAAUAUCUGGCGUCCGAGUAACGUGUUCUUCUUUUUCUCAGCUCCGCCUUUACGGCGCGUCGCUCACUUCGGGCGUUGUUAAUACGCGCUCGCUGAAUUCCCGGCGUAAUAACCGACAAACAAUAUCGGGCAUCGUUUUCUCGUCGCAACUCGAUCCAUGUAGUUUUACGAAACCGAAGUGGAAAGGAAACGUGAAAGACGCGGUGGGAGUAUAAUUCAGUGAUUUCUCUGCGAGUGAAGUUGAUUUUUGACCUAGUGUUUAUAUGCGGUGACUAGCGCGAUCUCUCGUGCCAAAUAUGCUAUAAAACCGAUACUUUGUGCGUCUCGAUAGUGCGCGAGAGAUACAUAAAAAAGAAAGAAAAAGAAACAGGAUAGUAGACGUGAUAAAGUGGAUGUGAGUGAUACGUUUUGUAACGUUGUGACGACUCGGCGGAGUACUCGCGGACGAAGAAUUCGAGCAAAAUGAUGGGAAAGAGAACGCAGUGCUACUUGUGCGAUCUGCCCAGGAUGCCCUGGGCGAUGAUCACCGAAUUUUCGGAACCCGUAUGCCGCGGUUGCGUGAAUUACGAGGGUGCCGACAGGAUAGAUGCGGUAUUGGAAUCGGCCAAGCAAAUGAAAAAGGCACACGGAUUCCACGAAGCCAGAUCCUCCACAUCGAAAACAUAUAGAGCAACUGGACACACUGAACACAACGGCGGUGCUAAUUUGGAUGUUCUACCGAUACAGAAUACCGGACAGAAUCAUUCGAGACAUCACAAUAUCACCAGUUACUCGCAGCUUCAUCAUCGAAAUUCUAUCACAGAAUUUAACUCAGGCUCGUCGAGACAGCAAAUUUCUCGGCAACACGAGGAAACUCAUGAGAUGGCGAAUGGCAUGAGGAGUAAUAGCGUGAGAAUCCCGAACGCCCACCUAGCCGCGGUGGCGCAUCACGUGAACCUCAGCCACAACAGAGGCAUCGCACAGCUCAAGCGAAGUAUUUCCACUAUCGACGAGGACGAGCAUGCAGAGAAGAGGCUCACGUUGGAGGAUCAACAUUCGGUUAGGCCGCCAUUGACCAGAGGCGAUUCUUUGCCAGCUGUAAGCCUUGCCGUCAGUUACGUGCAGGAUAGAGGCAAGGAGAAGCAUCCUGUGAGAGCGCCCAGUUUUGAGACCGCCACUACAUUUAAGACCAAUGGGGCAUACGUCGGUCCGUCUAUCCCAUUGGCACCAGCAAAUGUGGCGGCAAACGGUGGAGGGUCUCCUCUUCGCCCGCGAACGAGCCCUCCACCACCGCCGCCACCGGCGCAAGAAGCCACCAAUGAUAAUCCACAGACGAAUCAUCACCAGGUAAUCAAGCUCGAAAUGUUAACGACCGCGUGCGAAUACAUCUAUGAGGAUAACAAUGGUUCGACAAAUGGCCCGUCACCUAUGGCUGCGCUCAUGUCUGUCGCUGACAACUUAGCGUCGCCGGAAUCAGUGCCACAGCCACCGAAUAAUCCGAGUCCGACCAGUAGAAGCCCACCGACCACGGCCACGAACGUUCAGCAACGCAGUGCUUCCAGAGGAUCGCAGCAUAGCCCGAACAGUUCAGGAUCCUCGGGUAGGAGAUCUAAUGGUUCAAGGCACGUGUCGUCGACGACUGUGACAACGUCAUCGGAAGGAGCGGUUGCCCAAGUUGCCGGAGCUGAACAAGUAUCAGCGCCGAUAUUAAAAUGCACCCUGUGUCAAGAACGCCUCGAGGACACGCAUUUUGUUCAGUGUCCCAGCGUGCCACACCACAAAUUCUGUUUCCCUUGCAGCCGAGAAAGCAUAAAGAGACAGGGUGCUGGUUCAGAGGUUUAUUGCCCAAGUGGAGAGAAGUGUCCGCUGGCGAACAGCCAAGUGCCAUGGGCGUUUAUGCAAGGCGAGAUAGCCACUAUCUUGGGCGACGAUACCACAGGCUCUGGGCUUAAAGUAAAGAAAGAGAGAGAAACCUAAAGAUUCUCACGUUGUUUUAAAAACGGGGAUUAAAUUUUGCACCCUCUUUGACGAGGGUUGAUCAUGGUGGAACCGUGAAGGUUCAACCAAAAAAUACUUUUUGGUAACGGUGAUGAUAUAUGUUUGGCGACGAUAUUGCCAACAUUAUUCGAUUCGAGCCAAAGACGUUGUCGGUGUAAAUUGGAAUUAAUAAUGAAGUUGUUGUCGGGGAAAGUGGACGAUUUUUUUCAGCGACACGUUUCGCUGGGUGUUCUGUUCACCGAGACAACCGAUUGUUUCGAUCGAUGAUUAUUCGUUCGUCGAUCGAUUGUUUUUGACUGGUCUAGAGAAGAAGUCUUUGGCAAUUUUUGACAUGCUGGCGUCGGUCCUGCACACGUGUAUAUAUGGGAUAAUCAUAGAACGGUUAAUGCGCGAGGAAAUAAAAAGAAACAGACGUGGUUUUUGUCGAAUAUGUACGAAUAAACGUCAAAAGAAAACGCGAGAGAGAUUUUGUGUCCGGUUUGGGUUUGUACUUAGACUCGAUCGCCUUUCUUUAUUAUUUCUUGUGUCGCGAAUGUUCUCGCGUUUUUUGAAACACUAUACACACAGAGACUUUUUACACGCCGCAUGCGCGCAUACACACACACACAUACAUACAAAAUCGAAACACUUACAUAUAUAUACAUAAAAUACAUUAUGGUAACACAACACGAUACCAUUAAAGUCAGGCGGUUGUAUUGUACUUUAUUUUUAUUCACGCUAUCGCGUGAUCGCGGAUUAACCGAAGUCGAGAGUAUCGAGCUUCGGUGUUCUGAAACUUAUCGGACAAGUUUCCGAUCGGUCGUCUUUUUCUAAUCUUUUAUUUGUAUACUCUUUCUACUACUACACACUCAUUGUAUGAUAGAAGACAAGAAAAAAACAUUGCGGACAUAUUUAGACCCAGCGUACGGGUUUUCUGUACAUUGUGUAUAUGUGUACAUACCACGUUAUUAAUAAAACUUAUGGAUUAAAGGAGUAACCAGUUUUAAAUGUACAAAAGGAGGAAAACUUACAUUCGUUUUGCGUGUUAUUCUAUUAAAUUAUUUUUCUUUUUUGUUUCUCUUUUUCUUUCUUCUCGAAUCAUUUAUAAGGAAACAAGAACCGUACGUUCAAACCAUUGUAGGACGUUCGAGCGCAUUUCGUUCAAUUUUCCUCGUCAUUUUCUCUUUUCCUUUUCGUUCUUUCUCGUUUUUGCGAAAAAAGAAGAUCGCGAAUUCUCUUUGUAAGACUCGUCUGGUGGUAUCCGAAAUAAGAAAACACACGAGAGAGGAGGGACACAUCGUUCUUAUCCAGUCAUUCAUUAAAAGAAAAACAGAAAAAAAAGAAAAAAAAAAAGAAAAACGAAAAAAAAAACAAAAAAAAAGACGAAUCGGUAUCCGAUUGUGUAACGUCCACUUUCGCCUUUAGUUAAUCGCUAGACUUUAAGUGAGAGGGCCUUUUGGUUUUUCAUUUUGCCAAUGAAAAAGGUGAUGCCCGUCAAAUAGGAACCAUACACUCGCUAUUGUCUCUAAAAACGUAAAAAAGAAUAAAAAAAAAAAAAAAAAACGAGAAAAAGUAAAUAAAUAAGUAACGAGAAGCAAAGAAAGCGAAAAAAGUGGAAUGGAAAGAAACGAAACGAGAAACUGAAAAAUAUAUAAUGCAAGCAUACGUUAUUCUCUUGCCGAUGUUCGAGGAACCUCUGGCGAGUUUUGUCCGCUCCAAGCGAGACGGUCCCUCGGACGCGAACACAUACGGCUCCUUUUUGUAUAUAUUUGUACAAAACGGAUUUGGCACAAUAAGCGAAGAACGGAGCGGCGAAAUCGCGCGAAAUCGGAAACAAUCAUGCGUUGGCGUAACUCAAGUUCCAUCCAGAGACGAUGCACGCUUCGUACUCUGUUGUUGGGACUGUGAUUUCCGGCGGAACUUGAGGAACACAAUCGUUUCUGUUGGUCAACGGCGCUCUUUUUUUCGAAUUACACGUUGCUUCGACGCGGUGAUCGCGAUCGAAGUAGCUAAGUGUAGAGGCUAUCUGCGUUAGCGUAAGCGAAUUUAUUGUACCGGAAUACAGGAGUGCAAAAUCGACAAGAGAGUGCGAAAGGAUGAGUGACGAGAUACCGCGGAAAAGAGCAAAAGAUGGAUUAAUCCUUUUGCUACGAUAUACCUUUGCAACUUUAAUGUCUUGACAAUUUUUUGGUAUACAGAUCCGAGCAACUUUUGUCCACUCUCCGUAGAGUAUUGGAUCGUCGAUCGUGUUAAACCAACUUCUUUUUAUAUUAUUCUUGGCUUCGGAAAAAUUUGGAAAAAUUCCGAAGUACUUGUCAAUGUCUAUCAACGUAAAAUACUGUAAAUUAUUGCGAUGGUUAUUUCAAGAGUAAAAGGUACUUGUUUGGUAGAAAGUAUUUUUGACAAAUGAAAAUAAAUACGACGUUUAGGAAUAGAAGUAUAGGAGUUCAGUAGUCAUAAGAGUAUAAGAGAAAGUAGAAACGAUUCUGUACCGUAGAAGAUUUCUGUAUACGCUUUCAGCAAAUUAUAAUUCGACGGUUAAAGGCUUAUCGUAGCGAAAGGUUUAAGAGAAAAAGGGAAAGACUAUAGGAGCGGAGAAUGCAAGCGAACGAGAAGGGAGGAGCCGAAAUUGAAAAGAGCACAAUUGAUCGUAGCAAUACUUACAGAGGCUGUACAUGAUAUUUUUUAGUCCGAGGCAGGUAGUUCCUACCUUCGAUAUCAAAGUUAAUCGAAGCGCUCGUUCGAAAAAAACAAAAGGUUUAUUAUACGAUCUAUCCGAUUUUUGCAAAAAUGAGAAAAUGUCGAUAGAAAGCGAAAGAGGAUAACUGGCAAAAAAGUAAAAAAGAAAAAAUAGAGAGGGCUCGCUAUAAAAGAAAAGACACAGUUCUUCGCGCAGAUACGACCUCCUGUUGUUGUUGUAUUCCGUUCGUUUCUCCUCGUAUUCCGCGAUUUUGCGAACCGUCUUUUACUCUCUUUCUGUCCGACCGAUGUAAUAUUUUUUUUCCACGUCACAUUUAGCGGACUGAAAAUUAUCGUGAUGCGAAGGACAAUUAUCGAUCGCGAUAACGUUACGAAGAUAUAUCGUGUAUGUGUUUUGUUGGUAAAAAUCAUUUUAAAAAGUUUCGAUAUAUUGCUUAAAAUUAACCGAGCGUUAAAACUAUUAAUUUCUUGAAUCAGAAUGUUAAACGAGAGAAAUUAAACGAGCGAUUAUUAUUGAGAAACGUAAGGAAGACGAGCAACUGGAAUUUAGAAAAUUUUCAUUUACAUCGCUAUAACUCUCAGCCCGCUAUUUGUAGAAAAACCGAUUUGUUACGAGUUAACCCGAGAGAGCCUUUAUCCUCUCGAUGCAUCGAUACAAUAAGUACCAUUGGUCGUCGAAAUCGUUCGUCUAAGCGGCGAUCGUUUGCUCUUUUUGCUGUCCGUUUUGCUGUCUUUCGCAUUAUUCGCGCGCGGUCGUUUUUCUCAAACGCUUGCUCAAUUUCCGAUUACUAUUUUUGGACGACGUUUUGCGGAACAAACGAAGAAUAUCGGUUGAAGAUAAUCGACGUACGAAUCCGUUUAUUGUUCCCUCAGGCAGUGUGUGUGUAUGCGUUGAUCUUUAAGCGAAUAUAGCAAAGGUUUUUACCUUACUUUUUUCUCUUCUUUUCUUCUUCCUUUUUUUGUUAAUUUUUAUUUUAUACUGUGCCCGUUGGCCAGAUGAGCGAAAUUGGAAAUGCACAAAGGAAACGAUCGUUUCGUUGCAGCAACAAUAAUAUUAAUAACGACUGUUUACACUAAUCUUGAAUAAUUAUAUAGAGUUUAGAAAUCCGCCCCUUUUGCCUGUCGCAUUUUGCAUUCGUCCAAUUUCAUUGUCGACGACCAAAAAGAAAAGCCAGCAACUUUCUCGUCAGACGUCGUUUUUCCCCAUUUUUCGUUUCUUAUUCCGAACGAAACCAAGAUGCAUCAAGAACGCGCAAUCUUCGUUCCAGAGACGAAUCAAAGAAAGAAAAAUAAUGUAUUAUAUAUAUAUUAUAUAUAUAUAUAUAUAUAUAUUAUAUAUAUAUAUAUAUUGUACGAAUUAUUACGAGCAGAGUGUGUUUCUCUCACAGCUGUACCUUGUUCGUUCCGUUUGAUUUCUUUCCUUUUUUUGUUUUUUUUUUUUUUGUUUUUUCUUUUUUCUAUCGAUUAUUCUCUCUCUCAUGAUAGCUACACAGCAGAAGUACACAGGAAAGCGGAAGUAACGAAAUAAUACGUCGAAUAGCAAUUGUAGUAGUGGAUAAUGAAAUUUUCUAGUAUACCAUACCUCGAGGAACGCGUAAACACUAUACUGUUUAUCGUAUGUAUGCAACAUGCAAAAGCAAAAUAUAUGUGUUGAUGUGUAACAA